AUGUCAGAGAUCACGACAACGAUCGGCACGCCCGCGGGGCUCACAUCGGAGAAGAAACAAUCAAUUCCCGAAAAGUCUGACAGCGCCGUCACUUGGAAGUCCAUGAGCAUCCGGCAGAAAUGGUCUUUCUUGACCAGCAACAUCACCGUCGAGCCGAUGGUCGCGUGCUAUGUGAUUCCCAGCGUGCUUUCCCAGCUGGCCACCCAGAAUCUGAUCCUCGAGAAGGCCUGCCGAGUGAACCUGGCUUAUCCAGAUGAGGUGUGCUCAGCUUUGUCCGCCAGGAACACCACCGGUUACGAGGCGGAGGAGCUCGCAGUUCAGCAGAUGGUGGCGCGUAUGCAAACCUGGAAAACGCCGCUGCAGAGCGCCCUGCCGACCAUCCUGAUCCUGUUUAUGGGUGCGUGGAGCGAUCGCACUGGCCUAAGGAAGCCUUGCAUGCUACUUCCGAUCAUCGGCGAGUUCUUCAGUAGUGUUACCCUCAUUGCUUGCACUUACUGGUUCUACGAGUUACCCAUGGAGGUGGUUGUACUGGAGUCAGUGUGGCCCGGGUUAGCUGGCGGUUGGUCUACCAUGUUUAUGGGUAUCUUCAGUUAUAUAGCGGACAUCACAACCGUGGAAUCGAGAACACUUAGGAUUGGCGCGGCCAACGUCUUCCUGUCUUUGGGCGUGCCAAUAGGCAUGGCCUUAUCAGGGAUAUUUUACACAAAGCUGGGUUUCUAUGGUGUCUUUAGUAUCGCGAUGGUGUGUUACAUAAUGAGCUUUGUGUACGGUCUAGUGGUUAUCAAGGAACCGUCGAGGGUGCUCACGGAACGCGCGCGAAAAAAGUCCCUUCCAAGCGAGGGUAAGCGGACCUCGUUGUGCGCCUUUGUUCUGGACUUCUUCUCGUUGAAGCAUAUCAAGGAGACGUUUCGUGUGGCGUUCAAGAAAGGGGCCAACAAUCGCCAGAAAAGGGUCAUCGUGCUCAUGGUCGUUGUUAUGAUUGUGAUCGGGCCCCUUUACGGCGAAAUGGCGGUUCUCUAUCUUUACAUGCGGUUCCGAUACAACUGGAACGAAGUGACGUUCAGCAUGUUCUCCACGUUUGGCAUGGUAACUAAUCUGAUCGGUACCGCGAUCUCCGUCGGUAUCUUCAGUCACAUUCUCAAGAUAGACGACGCGAUCGUGGGUAUCAUGAGCUGCACGAGUAAAAUUUUAGCAAGUUUCGUUUACGCGUUCGCCACGUCCGCCUGGAUGGUCUACGUAGCCGCUAUUGUGGAGAUCGUGAACGGCACAUCUUUCAUCGCCAUGCGAUCGAUAGCUUCUAAACUCGUGCCCACUGAUGAGCUCGGUAAAGUGAAUUCGCUGUUUGGCGUAUGCGAGUCCCUGAUGCCGCUUGUUUAUGGGCCAAUGUACAGCGCCAUUUACGCGGCGACCAUGAAUACGUUUCCGGGGACGUUCUUCAUCGCCGGAGGAUGCAUGACAAUGCCCGCGGUGUUUGCAUUCUUCUGGUUGUACACGGAACAUCGAAAGGAUCGCAUGCUGAAGGAGCAGAAAGAACCCGAAGCUAUGAUGAAUCAUAAAAACGAGGAUGCGACAGAUUAUAAUUUGAAGGCAUCAACUCCUCGGAUCGUGGACACACAGAAGAACGCACAGAAAACCGAAAUGAUGAACGGCAUAGACAACGCGGCCUUCGAAUCCGAACAGUUGUGAUCUCACGAUUUACGUGAUCCUUUUUUUUUUUUAAUACAAAGUCGUAU